ACACACACACACUCUUACGCACGCCUCCACACACUCACUCCCUCCGUCACACACACUCACUCACUCACUCACUGGAGGUGGGGGGACGGAGAGAUAGAGCUAUUAGCUCGGGCUGCAGCAGACAUCAUUGUACGAGCGGAAGGGAGACGAUUCCACCGGCAGUGCGCGAGAACGCACGGAGCCCUGGCAACACGGAGAGCCUCGCGCUUCCCUGCCCGUUAUACCGUACAGGAAUGGUGAGGGUUGUUGGAGCCAGGCAGACGCAGACGUGGACAGACAGAGUGGGAAUCACAAGCCGUCCCCUCAGACAUCAGGAGAGAUUUAUCCAUCCCCGUCUUAGUGGUUUCAUCUGGACUCUUCUCUCCGAUUGAACAUUGUAACCUUCUACCCGGUCAAGAUCCGCCUGUGUCAUCCUGCUGGGCUGUGCUGGAGGCCUGCACUGAGACUACAAAUCGCGUUGGGAUUGUAACGACUUCAAUGGGCCACAACACAUGCUGAAACACUGGAGGCAACUGAAUGAGGUUGUUCCUGCAGUCCUGGAGACUCGCUCUCAGAGGGAAAUGAUUCCGCAUGAAUUGCAUGGACCGCUCUCCCACAGCAGGUGUGACUUCCAUUGCUUAAGACUGAAAUCUGUGUCCAUCCGACCUUAGGCACAGGACACAUCCCCUCACACCACCACUCUCCUCUCUACCCCAUCCCCAUCCUCGCUCUGAGCCAGUCAGUGGGACAGCACACUCUGUUAGCAGUACAAACAGAGACCAAGAGGGAGAGGAAAAGAGCCAAAAAAGACGGGGAAGAAACAUACAGAAAGAGUAGUACAAGAUUCUCAGACACCAUGAAGUCAAACCAGGAGCGGAGCAAUGAAUGCCUGCCCCCAAAGAAGCGUGAAAUCCCAGCAAGCACUCUGCCCUCAGAGGAGAGGCCCAUGGUGAUGGCGCCUGCCAAUGAGAGCCAGCGUUCAGGGAACCUGGCCUGGCUUGCCAGUUUGGCAAGCGGACAUGACAGAGGGCGGCAGCACACCAGCACCUCCUCAGAGCUCGAUGGGCCUCAAUACAAACCAUUGUUAGCCACAGCUGAGAGCAAUCAUCCUUCAUCCACGUACUUAACCAGAUCUCCCACUGCAGUGACCACCAUAUCUGCAGUGUACACAUCACCCCUCUCUCAGCAUGCUGGCACCAUCCAGUACACACCCCUGGCUCCUAAUCUUCACUUCAUCAGCUCUCCGUACUCUACACCAUAUGCUGGCUACAUCUCACCUCUUGUUCCCCCUUUGGCUGCCACCACUACCACACAACGUGACGCUUAUGCCAGUACCUCCAGUUCUCUAACAUCCAAAAUUGACCAGCACCACCAAUUGGGCCGUCCUACUGGCCUGGUCACAACUGACAACACCUCUUUGUCCCACUCCACACAAUACGUCCAAAUUGCUGGUUCUCCUCUAAGCAUAUCUCCUCGGACUGCUCCGUCACCCCAUACUCACUUGCCUCUACACUUACACCCUCACCACACGCACCCCAUCAGUGGCCACUCGCCAGUCUUAGUUCAGUACACAGAUGGACCUUUACCCAAGAGAGAGGAGACAAGGCCCAGGGAGGUGCUGAACGGAGAGUUAGAGAAGGACAGACGCUUUGGUCCAUCUCCCGAAUCUAGUGUAGGGAAACAGGGCAGCACUGCCAAAGGAUGUUCCUCUACUCAACAGCACCAGAUCCACCAGCAGCUGAGCCAACAUCACUAUGAGGCUCGGCAUGUGGUGCUCCCUGCCGAAUAUGUGCAGGACAGUGCUACCAUGCGGACCUCGUUGGUGCUGGUACCCAACAGUCAUAGCUCCGGUGGUACACCUGACAAGAUGCCUCCCCCAACAUCCCACUCUGAGAAAGGAGGGAUUUGUGCAGGCAAACCCAUGUCCCGUAGUUCCUCCUCCUCUGCCUCCCUUCAAUUUCCUCCUCCCCCUCCACCUGUGGACAGUCUGAAGGGGGCGUCUACCACAGUGUCUCCCCAUGCAGUCAUCCAGACCACACAUAACACCACAGAGUCACUCUCACUGGGCCUCCCCUCCACCAAUUUCUACUCCACCCAGCAGCCCAUCAUUGGUUACAUUGCUGGCACAGGGCACCAGCAGCCUCUCAGCUACCACACCAGCCUAUCUCAGCACCUGGUCAUACCUGGAACUCAACCAGUCAUCAUCCCAGUGAGUGGAACUGAAGCUACUGCUACAUCGACUACACCACACUUGCCUGCAGCACUACCCCAUACUUUCGUCACCUCAACGGCCCCAAAAGUAGAGACUUUUGAGGCUACAUCCCCAUACCCUCACCCUGCCACAACUGUGUUUCAAGCCCAGUUGCAUCUGCCUGUGGUUCCGGCCCCUGCUGGCUUGCUGACGACUCCACCGCCACCCUCAGCCCCUUCACUGCCCCCUUACUUCACCAAGGGCUCCAUCAUCCAGUUGGCAAAUGGAGAAUUGAAGAGGGUGGAGGACCUGAAAACAGAGGAUUUUAUUCAGAGUGCUGAGAUCAGCAAUGAAUUGAAGAUUGACUCCAGCACUGUAGAGCGCAUUGACAGCAGUCAUACACCUAACUUUGCUAUUAUACAGUUUGCUGUAGGAGAGCAUCGCUCACAGGUCAGUGUAGAGGUGUUAGUAGAGUAUCCUUUCUUCGUGUUCGGACAGGGCUGGUCGUCAUGUUGUCCAGAACGGACAUCCCAUCUGCUCGAGUUGCCAUGCACCAAGCUUUCAGUAGGUGAUGUCUGCAUCUCCCUCACCCUGAAGAACCUGAGGAAUGGCUCAAUCAAAAAGAGCCAGGGGCAAGUUUUGGAUGUGCCUACCCUUGGUCCACCCCUUAAAUCACCCAAAGCACUCUCCAGUGGCGUGCGAGGGGGUGUUCGGCACACAGAACAGGAAAAUGGACUUGGGCAGUGUGGAGAUCAGGGAGGAGGAGGCAGUCAAGGCAACAGAGAGAAUGGAGAACUGAGGUUUGGCGAAAGAGACACCUGCAAAGCACCAACGGUCACUGAAUCAGAGUCCAGCAGCAAGCCCACAGGCCGCAAAAGGAGGUGGUCGGCCCCUGAGGGCCGCAAAGUAGAGAAUCCUGAAGGAGAGCCUCCUUUAACGUUCCCCAAGCCUUCUUUCAUCCCUCAGGAGGUUAAAAUCAGUAUCGAAGGCAGAUCAAAUAUUGGAAAGUGAAUGCAGAUUGGACUGUCAUAUUGUAAAAGCAAAGUUUGCCUUCAGAAUGUUUUAGGUUCUUUUUUUAAAUUGAGUUCUGAUUUAAUUUUCUAUCUGGAUUAUUUUACCUAAAGGCUAAAUUUACUCCGUAUGCACAUUAUCACUUCUAAUAUUGAUGCAUUCAAUAUUACACAAGCAAUUGGUGCAAUUCAUUUGAUUGGUCAAAUUCAGGGCAGAUGUGGUUCAAGGUGGAAAGGUAGUGAGAUACAGGAAGGCUUCAGUAUAUACAAUCAGUCACAACUAACAUCUCUAUUCUCUUACCUCUUACAUCCUCUCCUUUUUUUUUUAGCAUAGACAAACCUGGUUUAUCUACACCUAGUGGCAAUGUUAAUGGUGGCAGAACGGAAAUCACUCCUCCACUGGUUGCAGGAGCUUACAUGAUGUCAGCUAUCUAGUUUAACUGUGACUAAAAAAAGACUAUCCAAAUCAGUUCUAACAAUGUAGAGCAGUAUCAUCAGCGCAGUUAGACUAGCUUAGAUCAUAUUAACAUUUAUUGAAAUGGAAGAUGAUGUUUCCAAAUACUAUGGUACAGGCCAAGAGAGAUGAUGUCAUUGAGCUAAGCCAGUUGCUCCUCAGAAAGAUGAAACUAUCAUUUAAAGCAGGGAAAGAUGGACGAGUCUAUUUUUAUAUAUCCAACUGUCUAACCUUUUAUUUGAUUAUUUUUGUAGUUUUGCAUGUUUUAAUUUUCCAUCUCACUUUUCAUACCAUACAUGACAGGUAGUUUUAUUUUUUUGUUUAUAUCACUUUUUCCGGUAUUUUUUUUGUUUGUUUGUUUUUUUUGAUGAAUGUGCAAACCUUGCAAUCAGGGGUCAUGUUUUUUUUUUAUAUACAUAGAUGGGUUCUUGUCUGUGUGUGUGUGUGUGUGGGUGUGUGUGUGUGUGUGUGUAUAUAUAUAUAUAUAUAUAUAUAUAUAUAUAAUAUAUGCAUGGAUGUAUCUUGAUGCAUACAAACACAAUGGAUCGUGCAGUCUCGCCUGUUUUUUUGUUCAAACAAGAGAAAGUUGUUUUUUUUUUCUAAAAGAAAGAGAGCGAAAGUUGUCUGAGAAGGAUGAGAUGAGUGUUGUCCUGAAGCACUUACCUAACACACCUGUCAAGCCCACUAGCUGAUAGUAAUUUAAAUCAAAUGAGUCAAAUUAUUAUUAUAUAAAUUAUUACUAUCAUUUUUUAUUAUUGCUACUACUAUUUUCUGUUGAUCUUUCAACAUGAACACAGUACUGUAUGCUGUUUCAUGAAUUGGAUGUUGUGUGGCACUCUGUGGUAUGGUGAUUGCUCACAAGGGUCACUGUGAAGGGAUGAAUGUAACAAGUGAUAAAAGAGAAAACAAUGAGAUCUAAGAGGACUGCUUUAAAAUAAGCACUUUUUCAUUGUGUAUGAUGGGCUUAGCCUUCUCAAGUAAACCGAAAGCUUGAGUAAAGAUAGGCACAAGAGGCCAUGGCCCAGUAACAACUGCCAUUUAAUUCAUUUAAAGCAAAAAGAGUCGUAUGAAAGUGGGGAUGCAGGUAGAAUUAAGUACAGAGACUGUUUAUAUAUUUAAGAGAUAUAUGAGAGACAAAGUGAAAGUGAGAAACUCUGGCUAUAGAUAUCUUCUGAGGAUCGAAGGGUGUCAUAUACCUGUUUGUUAGCAAUGUAUGUGGUCGUGCACGCAUGCAAGUCUGUGUGCUGUUGCGCACAGGCUUAAACACACAUAAACUCGUGCACGGUUACGGUAAUUUCAAUCAUGUUGAAUUAUGUCAUGUAUUUUUUGUACAUUAACAUGUAUAGAACUGCAUAUGUUAUAUCUAUCCUACUGUAUGAGAGCGCAAGACUACAUGAGCACGUUUUUAGUCCCGUCCCCCAAGACACUGACUCAUCGAACGUAUGUUAAAAGCAGUCAUGUAGUAAUUUCAGUGAUCUGUAGUAUAUUUGUGAGCAUGCGUGAGUGUUAGUGUGCGUGCGUGCAAAUGUAUGUGUAUGUGUGUGUGUGUGUGUGUGUGUGUGUGUAUACAUACCACACAUAUUAUAAAUAGAUAUUUAAGUUCUACUUAAGAGAAUAUUGCAAUUUGCACAUUUGGAGAGAUAGUAACAUGAUUUAUUUUGUUUUCUGUCAGCACAGGACAGGGCCGAAAACCCAAUUUUUAUUGAAAUGUAGCAGUUUUUUGACAAGUUUGCCUGGUUAGCAGGUCUGUUGGGUUCAUUUUCGUUAGGAAAAUCAGGAAGUCCCUUUUCAGGGGGUUUAAAUCACACACAAAGACAUAAAAGUAGGAUUGUGCAUGGUGCUGUGUCAAGGUGUUCGCUUCGUAGGGGUGGAUGAAGUCAUAGCCUGUAGCCUGCAUACUUGUUGAGUCCUUUCAGUGGCCACCCUCAAGUUAGCUUGGGUAGAUGAAGAUCUGGCAGGAGGAUGGGUGGUAGUACAGAAUAAAAAAGGCAUGGAUGGACGGAUGGAUUUAAUGAGUGGUGGAGGGUUGGUGGGUGAGUGCACCCCAUAUACAAUUUGAAAAUGCUUUAUUUUUUUAUAAUAAAACAGGGUUUCUCAGAUCAACACCACAACUUUUCUUUCUUUUUUUCCAUUUGACAUGACGUCUCUGUCCCCUCAAAGUGUGCAUGUUUGAGUUUCACUUGGAAUGCUUGCGUGGAUGUGUCCGCUUAAACCAAUCAAACUUGAUAUUUUUGUUGUGUUCAACAUUUAUUUUGGGCCAAAAGGUAGAAAUAAGAUGUGAUGUUGUUUGUCCAUUAAACCACCCCAACAACACGACCGUCAAUGGCGAAUCAAUCUCGCAUUUGUUUUGUUUCUCUGAUCUUUCGCUGUCCUCCUUCUCUUCAUGUAAUGAUCAGUGUUUCCGACGUCGCUCAUUGCUUCGAUCAUUUUAAGAAAAUUGUCUGCCUCCUUCUGGUUGCACAGUGCGGUUCCACGUACACACAAGAAGCAUUCCGAACAACGGCACGUAGCAAUAACCCUUAGUCUCUAGUGCUGAACCAAAAAAUAUAUAUAUACAGAACCGGACAUCAACGCCAGACCUCCUGUUCAACCUCAGCAAGCCAUUUUUAUCCUCUUUAGGUUGAUUUUCAGUUUGCACAGCCAGCCCUCAGUAACUUCAGGGAGAAAUACAAAUUCAUAUGCAGUGACAGAGUCUGUCCCCUUCUAGCCAUCUUAACCUGUAAUCAAUAGUGACCUCCAGAUGCUCUUCAGGUGCCCAUACAGAACCAGUACGCCUCUCUCAGAGUAUGUUUACCCAACCGCAACCGCUAGCUACCUUCUUUUGCCUUGCAUGUACGUGCAACCUCUUUCUCACCCGGCACACCCACUAUAGUUCAUGAACGUUGUUUUCUUUUCUCUCUUUUUAUCUGUCUCUCUCUCUUAUUCAUAGCCAUAUAACCUUGACAGUAUUUGGGAUGGAGUUUCAUAUUGACUAGCUUGUUGAAAGGACAGUAGUUUUUUAAUUUUAAGUGGGAAGAGUGAUUUAUAACUGUUGACUCAUACAUUUUUUUGCUAACACUCACCUAUGAAAUCUAUUAAAGUCGAUGUAAAUUGACAUUUCAACCCAUUUUACUUCCAUGAUGUGGUGUAUUUCAUAGUUGGAAAAGGAUAUUCAAUCAAGAAAAGUGGGCUUUUCAGUCUGCUAAAAUAAUACUUAAAUACGUAAUUGAUAAAUGUCAAGACAAGUAAAUAUGUUCUUUACGAUGUUUUACCAACAUCAGAGUACCAUCCACUGAUGAAUCACUCAAAAUAAGAUCUAGAAUGAGCAUUGAGGAAGUAAAUAAGGUCGAUAUUGAUUCACACUGACUUUAAGGGUCACUUGUUAUGUACCAGGAGACAAACAAGUUUAAAUGUUUAAUUUCAGGUAUGUUUUUUUCCCCUUGCAUUUGGACUUCAAGACCAAUGACUAUGUCACUGACUUCUUCUCAAAUAUUGAAGAACAAGUCCAACUGCAGAUGAAUUAAACAUGCUUGACGUGCGAUGACCUGAAUGAAUGAAACAUCACAGAUGUUCUGUGCCGUCUCAUUUGAUGGUCAUCACAAACAAAGAGAAUAAAAGAUGCACAUGGUACAGCUGGCGGUGUAUUGUGCUGAUAAUGAUAGUCUCUUUUGACUUCCAGUGCUAAGAGAUGAGAAAAAUAAGAGAACAGCAGAAGUGGCAGCCACUAUUUUGACACCUAAUUUUGUUUUUGUUUUUUGCAUCAAUGUCAUUUAAAAACCUAAACCCCACUGAUGAUUUUCUAAAGUCUUCUUCUGUUUAAGUUCGACAUGUUACACUCGUAACAGUCCGUGCCAUCUGUAUGUAGCACUGUUUCUGUGGUUUCCACCCAUAUACCUUCUCCCUUAAAUUGUAUUGUUUGUUUAAAACCAUCUGUAGCCAGUGGGUUUUAUGACUUUAUUUUGCUGUUUGUGAGUAAAUACGGCAAGUAUUGUGUUUUCACUUUGUAGUGAACCCCUGAUCUAUCAUUUUUGCACAUUUUUUUCUUUUUUUCAUUCUCUUUGGCAGAGGGGGGAGUUUUCCUGUCACUGACUUUAUGACAACAUCAUUUGCGUUUCUGUUAAAGGUCAAAAUCUUUCCUUGGGCUUACUCAGGGAUGAGAAAUAGGUGUGAAUGUGUGUGUUGAGGAGGUUGUGUGACCUUUGAAAGGUUUGUGUACAUGUAAAGAGAUAAAUAUAUAUAUGUAUAUAUAUAUUCUUGUGUGUUAAACUGCUGUAACCAGAAGCAGUCAUUUCAUUGGCCCUGUGCUUUGGUUUCCCACAAUGUCUCUACACCAUAUGAGGCCUUCCUAACAUACUCUGUGUGUCUCUGUGUAACCGUCUGUAUCGGUCUGUUUGUCCGCAUCACAAGCUGUCUGUCCGUCUGCCUGUUGUCCCUCUGACGUCACAAGCCCAGAUCCUCACACAUGCAAGAUUCUGAAAAAAGACUGAGAAAUGAUUCAUCGACCUCAUCAAAGUGGGGACCACUUUUAUAGAAACAAAUGAAAACAAAAUGCACAUUUUUUUUUUGUUCUUUAUAAAAUAGAUAGACUUGAUAAUACUGUUUCAGCACUUUCUAAUCCCGAGGAAAAUAGGGUGAGAGGUUGGUGUCAUCUCAGUUUCUCCCCUCUAAUACGAAUUCCCUCCGUCUCGGCCCGUUCCUGGGUCCAACGGGCUGAGACGACGAGGACAGAGAGUCGAAAUGAAGUUGGAAUGGUCCUCUAGGAACCUGAGAUGACUUUACUUUUUGUUGUACUGAUGUGUGCUCGAACACCGUCGUUCGGUUUUAUUUGUUUUCUUUUCAUGUUGGUUCUAUAUUUGACCUUGCUUCAUGUACUUUGGACUUUGUACUUUGGCUUCGGUCUCCUCUGUAGCACUCUUUUAUCAUGGUUGGAGACGAGAGAAAGUGUUUAAAUGAAUGUUUUUAAGAGUUUUCGAGCGGCUCUGUGACAGCUCGCGCUCUCAUAAGAGGAGCACCGCUGACAAUUUCCUUGUUUUUAUUUUCAUUUCUCUGGCACAAAUGUCAAAAAAAAAGACAAAUGUUGGAUUGCGAGUUUCAGCAGUUUGAAAAAUAAAUCAAAAGAUUUUCUUUUCUUUUAUUGUGGCUUAUUGGGGAAAAAAAUCUAUAUAUAUGUUUUUAGUUUUCUUUUCUUUGAAAUCAGUUGUAAAAUCAGUCAGGAUUUCUCUGUUUAACUUGACUGUUGUUUGACAUCUUGUCAACUGUCCAAACCGCUGGAUUAAUAACCUCAGGCUGAGAAUCUUCUUGCAGGCCCACAUUAUGGUUUUGUUUCACCCUAACUAACUGAUGUAUGGUUUGCUUGAUAUGGGUAUUGUAACUAGUCUUAUUGUUAAUUCUAUAGUUAAUAUAUGAGCAUUCAGCUAUACCAGUGCUGGAUAGUGAAAACAGUGCACACUCCUUAAAAAAAGGAGCCCGGCCCUCAUCUUUUACAUCGUUUCGUGAGCCGGUAAACUGACAAACACUUCCUCAGAGAGCGGUAAAGCCGGGCGCAGGAAAGAGACUAAUACAACCAUCCUCUGAUGUAUCCUGAGCAGUAUUUGUCACUGUUGGGUUGAACUGGACACUCAACCCUGGUUAACAUCUGAGAACUAAACGCCAGGGACGUACUGACCAUCACAGGCCUGAACCGACUCGUGUACAGAUGCUGUUUUCACAUACCCGUUGUCACCUUCACGCAUAGCAAUCGACAGCCUCGUAACGUGUGUAUUUAUCCUUCAGAAUUUGUACUACACUCUUGAGAUAACAUAUCUUCAAGUAUCUUCAAGGAAAAAAUGUCAUUUUGUAAAUCUGGAUUUAUUGCCAAUGAAUGCUUAAUAAGAUGUCUCUGUAAAACUGUACUCUGUAAAAUCUUUUUAGGCCUAAUUUUAACAUGUCCGUAAUUUCCGAGUAUGUUUUGUGUAAAAUUGGAUUCUGAAUAAACAUUGAAGGUAGUUUCUCAGCACUUGGAAUAAUCGGCCCGAGAUUUUAAAGCUGAGGUCAGAUACACAAACUAUUAGCCGGAGGUGAAUAACACUAUGUACUCUAUGUCAGGUGAACGGCGUUUGGUUAUCAUUAAAUGUGCACGCAUGUCCAGCCUCUUUUUUUUCUUUUUCCCUUUUGAGAUUGAAAUGUUAAGAUGUGUUUUGUGAUAAACAGGAAGCCAUUGGUCAUUCCUCAGGAAGGAGAGGGUUCAGAUAUUGCAGUAUUACCCCAGGCUUGCUGGACUAUAGAGGUGUCGCAGGUCUUGUCAUAAAGAGAUUUGAAGUCUUCCAUUGGAAGGGAAAUGGAAGCUGUUUCUAGUUUCUUUUUUCACUUGCCAUUGGGCAGAAAGAUCCACGUUAAUAAAACCUCCGGACUGGACCUUUACCUACUGUUAGAAAACAAUGACUCAGUAGAGGCAGGUUGCCAUAUUGUUAGUGUUGUUGUUUUCUCCAUUGCUUCAGUGCUGUGAAUUUACUGAACCUGCAGUAUAGUAUGUAAGACACCACGCAGAAAUGUUUAGCGAGACUGUUAAAGAAAAAUUGAAUGUUGCAUCCUGUCCUGAGGUUCUAUUUUCUUGGAAUUGUAUCGGAAGAGUCUGGGCAGUAGCAAGAGAUGGUUGUUGGGAGAGGAAGUAGUGUUUUGCACCUUAUUUAGUAAAGGAAACUAGAUUAAAAAAAUAUAAAUCCAUAGGUAGGAAAUCAUUGUGAAAGGCCAAUUUAUUUAUUUUUCUUUUGGUUCAUUUUAUUUCCAAAUGCGUGCAUACUAUGUAAGUUGUGCAAAAAUAUUGUACUUGCACUAGCUUUUUUUAAAAAGAAAACUAAUAUAAAAAACAUUUGAAUUGAAAUUCUAUUUUCUAAUUGUGGUGUGUCUAUUUGUAGGAUACACUCACGUGGUUUCUUGGAUUUUUUUGGUCCCUUUCUUUGAUGGUGCUUGCCGGUUUUCUAGUUAGAACUUAUUUCAUUAUUCUGAAAAACAAAAACAAUAUUUGAUUCAGGUUGUGAACAAAUUUGUUUAAAAAAGAAAUUGUCUGUAUACCAGUACAAGUUUAUUGUUGCAGUAUACACGUACUAAUAAAAAUGACAGUGCCAAUUGCAAA